AUGGUCCCGGAACCCGGCCCUGCCAACAACAGCACCGCGAACUGGGAGUCGGGGCCGCCGUCAGAGCCGGCGGGCAGCGGCUGGGUGGCGGCCGCGCUGUGCGUGGUCAUCGCGCUGACGGCGGCGGCCAACGCGCUGCUCAUCGCGCUCAUCUGCACGCAGCCCGCGCUGCGCAACACGUCCAACUUCUUCCUGGUGUCGCUCUUCACGUCGGACCUGAUGGUGGGGCUGGUGGUGAUGCCGCCCGCCAUGCUGAACGCGCUGUACGGGCGCUGGGUGCUGGCGCGCGGCCUCUGCCUGCUCUGGGCCGCCUUCGACGUGAUGUGCUGCAGCGCCUCCAUCCUCAACCUCUGCCUCAUCAGCCUGGACCGCUACCUGCUCAUCCUCUCGCCGCUGAGCUACAAGCUGCGCAUGACGCCCCCGCGCGCCCUGGGGCUUGUCCUGGGCGCCUGGAGCCUGGCCGCCCUGGCUUCCUUCCUGCCCCUGCUACUGGGCUGGCACCAGCUGGGCCGCGUGCGGGCCCCUGCCCCGGGCCAGUGCCGCCUGCUGGCCAGCCUGCCGUUCGUCCUCGUGGCGUCGGGCCUCACUUUCUUCCUGCCCUCGGGCGCCAUCUGCUACACCUACUGCAGGAUCCUGCUGGCCGCCCGCAAGCAGGCCGUGCAGGUGGCCUCCCUCACCACCGGCACGGCGGGCCAGGCCCUGGAGACGCUGCAGGUACCCAGGACCCCACGCCCAGGGAUGGAGUCAGCUGAUGGCAGGCGUCUGGCCACCAAGCACAGCAGGAAGGCCUUGAAGGCCAGUCUGACACUGGGCAUCCUGCUGGGCAUGUUCUUUGUGACCUGGCUUCCCUUCUUUGUGGCCAACAUAGCCCAGGCUGUGUGCGACUGCAUCUCCCCAGACCUCUUCGAUGUCCUCACGUGGCUGGGUUACUGCAACAGCACCAUGAACCCCAUCAUCUACCCACUCUUCAUGCGGGACUUCAAGCGGGCCCUGGGCAGGUUCCUGCCGUGUCCCCACUGCCCUGGGGAGCGCCAGGCCAGCCUCGCCUCACCCUCUAUGCGAACCUCUCACAGCGGUCCCCGGCCCGGCCUGAGCCUGCAGCACGUUCUACCGCUGCCUCUGCCACCUGACUCCAGUUCUGACUCAGGCUCAGGUUCCGGCGGCUCCUCGGGCCUGCAGCGCACGGCCCAGCCCCUGCUGCCUAGAGAGGCCCCCCGGGAGCCCCCGCCCCCUGCCAGGGCUGCUGUGGUGGUCAAUUUCUUCAACAUUGAUCCUGUGGAGCCCCAGCUGCAGCUGCAUCCCCUUGGUGCUCCCACGAACUGA